AUGCGGCUGUUGAAGGAAUACCAGAAAUUGUUUUCCUUUCCGGAUGGUCAGUAUUCGACNNNNAUGAGCUCGCUAUCCCAGUUGAGUUCGGUGCCGACAUCGUCGACCCUCGCGUCCGACGGCGCUCAGACUGAGCCGGUGUUCGUAUACACGUCGGUGGUCGAGUUGUUCACUAAGAUGAAGAAACUGUUCAAAAACUGCAAAAGCGUCUCUACUAGCAACACGAUGUUCUUGCUCUGUGUGAAGAGCUUCCGAGUGGCUCUAGAUCGAUACACUGAUAAGGUUCUAUCCUCGAGGGUGAGAGCAUCGGCAAGUGAUGAACAGAUUUACGCGGUUGCCGGCUCUUGCGUGUACAUCUCACAGACACUGCCUCUACUGGCAGGCAGUAUCAGCGAUGCGAUCGACGAUCAAUUGAAGGCUCAGAUCAACUUCGCCAAGCAAAUGGAGGAAGCCGCAGAUGCUGCGGAGGAUGCGGACUUACUUUUUCAAUUGGCUGUUAAGAAUAUCGAGAUGGAGAACGACCUCGACAAGCGGUAUAGUCGAGGAGAUGGUGACUUGUCAUUCAAAGGAAUAGUUUCUAACUGUUUUGAACCAUAUUUGAGUGUUUGGGUUAACCACGAGGAAUCUUUAUUGUGCGCGCAAGUUGACGAAGCUGCAGCCAAGGAGAACCCAGAGAUCAUGGGGUCUAAGAGGGGUUCGGUGCCGACGUCGUCGACCCUCGCGUCCGACGGCGCUCAGACUGAGCCGGUGUUCGUAUACACGUCGGUGGUCGAGUUGUUCACUAAGAUGAAGAAACUGUUCAAAAACUGCAAAAGCGUUUCUACCAGCAACACGAUGUUCUUGCUCUGUGUGAAGAGCUUCCGAGUGGCUCUAGAUCGAUACACUGAUAAGGUUCUAUCCUCGAGGGUGAGAGCAUCGGCAAGUGAUGAACAGAUUUACGCGGUUGCCGGCUCUUGCGUGUACAUCUCACAGACACUGCCUCUACUGGCAGGCAGUAUCAGCGAUGCGAUCGACGAUCAAUUGAAGGCUCAGAUCAACUUCGCCAAGCAAAUGGAGGAAGCCGCAGAUGUCGAGUCGCAAGCUAUCGAGCAGCUGUCGAGUCGAGCGGCCGAUCAGUGCAUCAGGCGCAUUUCGCAGCUCUUGAAGGAUGGACAGAAAUCGUGGACGUCCGCUGAUAACGCUGAAGUUAACUCUGUGGUUUCUCGGGCUCAUCGGUGCCUGACGGUGAAUCUGCGGGAGGCGGCCCAGGGCCUGACUGAGCCGCAGUACAGCACUGUGGCAGAGGGAGCGAUGGUUAAAAUAAUAGAGGACUACUGCACUCUCAUAUUCACAGGGCUUAAAGAACCAGUUGACUCGACCACGCGAGUGGAGUUGCUGGGUACAUUGACUGGUGGCCUUCAAACCCUACUGUUAGAGUCGCCAGUUGAAGGAGCGUCUGCGGCAGGAGAGAACACCUUGCAGGCCAUGCAUGCCUACUCAGCGGUGACUUGCAGGAGGAUGCAACUGCCGCUGGCGGUCCUCCGAGCGCUGUCGGUGCAACGGUCUGGGGAGGAUGCUAUGAAAGUUGAGAUCAUCCAGUCGUUGUGUGCCGAUCGUGAGGAUACUCCUACAGAAGAGGCAAUCGAUCAGGCGUUGAGUGUAGCUAGAUCGAUGCAACGCGGCGGUGGUAUGAGUGGAAGAAUCGCGAGAGAAGCUGCGUCGAGCACGGGGUCGGCGGGGGCCAGCAGUGCCCCGGGGUCAGCGAUGGAUAGUGCGAGGUCAGGAGUUGAGGAGGUUGGACCAAUGGCUGUCCAGUUUGAAUCGGUGGCUUUGGGAGUCUCCUCGAAAACGGCGACGCCUGCGGUGGACAACGGCGAUGUUGCGGCAAAGAUGCAACAGAUGUUCAAGAACUUGGGCGAGCAGUGGAAGACCAAGUUCGUUAACAAACCUUAG